UAUGGCGCCGGUUCCUGUUGCUACAUCCAAAAGUUAUCCGUGUAAUUGGACUUAUAAAAUCGAAUUGUUCAAUAUAUAACCAUGACCUAGGUAAGAUUCGUCACAGUCAAAAGUAAUCAAAUUAUGGAGCUUGACGAAAGACUUCGAUGGAUAGAAACAAGGGUAACUUCGUCUCUCAAACCAAGAGCGGAGGAACUCAAGCAUUUGUUUACGAACGAUGCGUGCAGGACAGCCAUGUUUGAAUUCUGUAACAAUGAAGAAGUCAAACAUUUAUACAUAUUUUCAUCAUCCACUCAUGGAAAUGGCCUCACUGCCUCCCUCACGCCUCCCCACACAGUACGAGAGAAAGCCAUGUUUUUUGUCAAGUCUCAUGGCAUUGGGAAAGUGACUAGAGAUAAUGUUAUGGAUGAUGUUGCUUUUUGUGAUUGUUCAAACAAACCACUUGACUAUCUCAGUACACUGACAAGAGAUGUCUACCUGCCGUUGCUUAGCAUUGAGAUGGGCGGCAGUGUCAGUGCUGAUAAAUUGAUGGAUUUGUUACAUCGGCUAGUAGCAAAUAUGGAGGUUACUGAUGGGACAAUUAAUGAUGAUGUCGUCCUUCCUCUUCCAUCAAUUGAAGUGCUUUCAGAAGCUGCAGCAUACAGCAAUAGAAGACCAGCAGUUAUCCAUGUAUUGGAGACUGCAGUCAUUAACUGGAUUAAACAGAUUAAGGGAAUAUUGAAACUGGAUCCAGAGUUAGAAAUAGCMAAGAGAUUUGGCUCUAAGCCUCUUCCACUAGAUGAAAUUGAGAUGUGGUCAGAGCACUUGGAAAAGAUCAAUAACAUCAGUGAUCAAUUAGGCUCACAUAUAGCAUUAAACAUCAUUAUGAACCUUGAAGAUGCACAUAGUACCUACUCACAGUCCUUUCACUUGGUCAAGAGAGAGAUUAUCAAGGCUGAGACUGAGAGUAAUGACAACCUUCAGUUCCUGAGUACUUUACUUCCAUGGUUUGAAAAACUUCAUUUUGCUACAACAUCAAAAGAAAUGACUGACCUGUUUUCACCUUUGAUUCAUACCCUCUACCUUGUCUGGACACAUUCCAGAUAUUAUCAUGAAAUCAAGAAUUUCACAAGACUUCUUACCAUGCUGUCCAAUGAAGUUGUUGCUAGAGCACGGUACUUAGUUGGMGAAAAUGUUCUAGAGAAUUUGACAGAGUCUUACACCAGUUUGAAGGAUGCUCUUCGCAUCUGUGCAGCAUUCCGUGGUUGUUACUUGGACAAGAAAGACAAAGCAGAUGAUUUAAAUCAAGCUAAACUGUCUCAGCAAAUUGGGACAAAUGUUGAUAGUAGUGGAGUAGUAUGGCACAGUAAACUCUACAACGACAGCCUCACACCCAAGGCUGGUAAACUSUUCAGUAAAUCAGAYCACCUCUCUGACAGCAUAAAUGACCUCAGUAACGACAUAUGGACAGACUCUCCCUGGCCUCCAAGGAACCAUGCAUGUUUCAUAAGACUGAACAACUUCAUGGAACGCUGUAAUGAUGUUCUGGAAUUAGUUCAAACAACUAGACAUUUUGAGCUUUUGACRUGUGCUGCUGAGGUUGGAGGAGCUGGUGGUGAUGGCCUUGAUUGCCUCGUUAAGGAAAUUAAUGAGAAAUUUAAACAUGCUGUGCAUUCAUUUAAACAGAUGACACAGGAUGUUCUGGAUACUAAUGAAUCACGACAUUUUGARCGAGAUUUUUUCUCCUUUCGAUCAGUAACAAGGGAGUUAGAGUUCAAUUUAGCUGAUGUGCUACGACAAAGUUUCAAGCAGUGCUGGGAUACAAGAGCUAAGCUACGUCUUUUAGAAGUGUUUGAAGGAAUCAGUGGACGAGAUCUUGUMCAGUCUAAUCUGCGUGACAUCUUCACCAACAUGGUAAAUGGAUUCCGUGAUGAACUGAUCAAAGUGAAAACAUUUUUUGAACAGCAUGUUGAUAACCCUCCAUCACAUGCUCACUUUCCACCUGUGGCUAGUAAGGUCUUGUGGCUGAGAGGGCUCAAGCUCCAUAUCCAGGAACCGAUGUCUCGUUUAACCCGAGUAUCUCCCAUGUCCCUCAAAGGAGAUGAUGGCUGGAGGCUUAGAGAUACUUUCACAGACUUACUCCGUGAUAUUGAGAAAUGUGAGGCAGAAACAAUUCGAACAUGGCAAAAUGACAUGCAGACAGAGCUUAGGAUUAAACUCAAACAGCCGCUCCUAAUUACAGAUAUCAACUCUUCAAGCAAGACUCCCAUGUUGCAAGUCAACUUUGAUCCUGAGCUGCURUURCUACUUCGUGAAAUCCAYUAUCUUGCUUCGCCACCUUUCAAUGUUCGCCUCCCAGACCAAGUCAGGAUAUUGCUCCGAUCRACAGACAAUGGACUAUUGCGCUCUACWGCUGCUCGCCUUGAUACUAUCGUCACUCAUUAUAAUGCUAUUAUUGCCAGCAUGGAAGAUUAUGAAAAACCUCUAUUUGAACAGAAAAUGCUGAAGAUUGAUGAGCUUCUAAACCAAGGUCGCCAUGAAUAUUCCUGGAAAACAGUAGAAUCUGCUGACUUUGUAGAGCAUGCAUCUUUYUUGGUGUGUGAUGAUGUKCAUUAUAAUCUUGGCAUUGUGCAAAGCAACUUUAAAGAGAUAUGCAAUAUUGCAAGUUCAUGGUCUUCAGGCAAUCAACUGGACGUCUUCAUGUCAAGAWUGGCAAGUACUUCAUAUUCAAUGGACGGGCUGAACACACAUCACAGGAAUGUCUAUGAGGCGAAUAAGAACAACAUCAUCAUUGGCGGUAACAGAAUCCAUGCGUUGCUUCAGUCCACAUUUGAGGCAGUACAAAUUAGUCGAGCAUCCCCAUCAUGGCAGAGCUAUAUUGAAUAUGUUAGCAAUGUAGUGUUGGAAGGUCUACAAGAGUCAACUUUAUCAUCAUUGCAGUCAAUGCUCAACCAAAUAGUUCACUCAAACCUUACCAAGGAUCCAUCAGCCGUUCCWAUAGUUACUAUCAGACUAGAGUUGAUUGGCCUGGAAGUCAUGUUYAGUCCUACCUUAGACAACCAGUCAGCAUCACUUAGCGUACAAGAAAGCGUUUAUGGAUGGCUACAGGACUUUCUUAAUAGGGGUGAYCUGGUCCCUCCUGUUGAUAGUAAACGCAAGACGUACAAAGCAACCAUUGCUGAAGACAUUGAAGUACAGCGUCUUGUGAGCCAGAUCACUGAAGUAGUGGAGCAAAAUGCCGAAGAAUGCAAGGGCUUCCUCGCUACAUUCCGCGAAUAUGCUUUUCUUUGGAUGCAAGAYGUGCAAAGRACGUUUGAAGCUUUUCURGAAGGAAACAUCGUGGCACAUCCUCGUAAAAUGAAUCGAUCAGAGAACAUUCGAUCAAGAGCUUCACAGCAUUCMGAGAGAUCAAAGAAAGACAAAGAUAAAGAUGUUAGAAGUUCUAGUCGUACAUCAGGAGCAGCCUCUACUCUKAGUACAAGUGGUGCAAUGGGUCUCUCAGAGAAGACUUUCCUCAACACCAAGAAACUUAAGCUGUCAUCCUUGAAAGAAGUCAAGGAAGACAACGUGCCUUCUCUUGAUGACUUUGAYAAAGAAAUAGAAAUUUACGAGACGGCAAGAGAUGAAAUCAGUGCUUUACAAGACUGGUGUGACGUAGGUUGGAUGCGAGUCAAUAUGAGACCUAUUAAACAAGUGUUGGGUACUUAUGCCAGCAAGUGGAUGUUUAUAUACACUAAAUACCUCUCUGACCAGGUCUCCACGACUUUAAAUGACCUCGAUUCAUUCUUAAAACGCAUUGAGCCUGGUAUUGAAGCUAUUACUGGUCAGGAACAAGACAUUGCUUCAUUUAUGCGUCUUAUGAGAGUCUUUAAUGAGGUCAGUACUCAACAAGCUGAGAUGGACAGUAAGUUUGUUGCGAUGAAAAGAACUAUCGCACUUCUGGAAAGAUAUGGUCAAAAACUACCAGAAAUGACACAGAAAUUCUACACUGCUGCACCGCAAAGAUGGAAUAGUCUAAARAUGAAGGUUAGCAAAGCUAAACAACGCCUUGGACCAAGAAUACAAGCUGAAGAGAAAAGUGUUACCAAUGAGCUAAAAGCAUUUGGUGAUYGCUGUGCAGCUCUAUCGCGUCAGUUUGUGGCCUCGGAAGCAUUUCGUCGUAAAUGUGCAAUUUAUGGAGCGUUUACUCUGAUUGAUGCGUUCAGUAAGAAACUWCAAGUAUUGGAAGGGGAAGCACAGGAUUUGAUAGAACUUCAAGAACUCUUUGAAAAAGUUGUAGUUAACUUUUCCGUUCUUCCUCGUUUUCGAUCAGACUUGGAAUGUCUUCGUCAAGUAUGGAAUACAAAUCGUGCUAUACAGGACCAACAUACAGAAUGGAAACGAGGUCGAUGGCAGCGCAUUAAUACGAGGCUAAUGCGUAAAGCUACCGAUGCACAACUCGAGGUGAUACAUAGCUUACCGGGUGAAUCUCAGGAAUGGGAUGUGUAUCAGGGUAUGGAAGAAUCGAUUUGGGACAUWCAGGCGUGUCUACCAAUAAUAGAUGAUCUAAGUAAGUCUGCUAUGAGACCUCGUCACUGGAAGCAGCUACUGCGAUUGGCUGGAGGCUCUGUACAAAUCAGCAAUGAAGGUCUUACCCGCAUGACACUAGGACAGCUGCUAGACCUGGGAUUACAUAAUCACGCCGAUGAAGUACGAGGUAUCAUCCAGCGAGCUACCAAGGAUGUAGCCAUUGAAAGUUCGUUGAAGACUUAUGAAGAAGUAUGGUUAAGUAAAAUCUUUGAGAUCAGGGCUCACACUGGGUACAAGAGACCCAGCUCGUCCGCCGCAGCUAUUGCACAAGAUAAUACUGGCAGUGAAUUCGGUAAAGACUCUGAGUAUGACAUCCAUGGUGUACGUGGAAUGUCCAGUAGAAUAUCGGUUACUAGUCAUGGUAGCGGUGGGUUUAGUGUCAAGGAAAGUAGGACCAGGAAGACUUCACUUGCUUCUGCUACAUUUUCACACUCUCUCAUCAGUCUUGCACAGGAUAGUGGACCUGUUUCUCUGCUUGACAAUUGCGAUCCGAUAUUUGAAGAGCUUGAAGACCAUCAGGUUUCACUGCAACACAUGCUGAGUGGAAGUUCUGCAGGAUCGUUUGCUGAUGAUAUUAUGAAAUGGCAAAAGAGACUUCAGACAAUUGAAGCUGUGUUAACGGUUUGGCUUGAAGUACAGGAGAAAUGGGUGGAACUGGAAGACGUCUUUACAAGUCUAGAAUUCCGCAUCGCCAUGCCACAUGAGACAAACCUGUUCUCUGCCGUCAAUCGAGACUUUAGGAUUCUCAUGAAAGCAACAGAGAAGAAUCCUAAUGUACUACAAGCUUGCUCAAGGACAAAUAUACAGACAAAGCUUGAGAAACUAAAUAUGAAUUUACAACAAUGUUGGAAGUCACUACUGACACACCUUGAACGAAGGCGACAGAAGUUUCCUCGCUUCUACUUUCUGUCUCUGGAAGAUGUUUUACACGUUGUUUGUAAUGGUUACGAUCCAGGUCUUGUUAAUCCAUAUCUCAGCAAAGUCCUUGAGAAUCUUGGAAGUCUUGAUUACGAUGAUGUUGACGCCGAUGGCACAAGAUUCUUUCAAAUCACUGGUGCUGUCAGUAACCAUGGAGAGCGACUGGCAUUCAAAACGCCGGUAAUGUGCGAAGGACCUAUUGAUGGAUGGCUUAGUAAUGUACUCACAACCUUACGACAAACCUUGGUGGAACAACUUACCGCUUUGGUAACAUCCAAAACAUCAAAUCCUGAUUCAUCUGAUCAGACAGAAGACACUGUUCUAUCGUCCACUUAUUGCUCUCAAGCAGUACUUCUUGGUUUACAAAUAGAAUUGUGUAAAGAUAUCCACGAAGCCAUUGGUAAAAAAAGUACAGAUGGUAACGAAUCUGUGACAACAGUUUUAAGCAAGGUAGCUACAAUGAUAUCUACACUGGCAAAAACACUGCGCGAAAACAAGGUAGACAAGAAUAGCAUGGAGAAUGKCACAGAAUUGCCUGUGGAGGAGAGRCCUAGGGAUAUGGKUCCRGAAGGAGCAAGUCGCGGUACAAGUGCAUCUCUUGAUCGUAUUGGUAGUGCAGCUUUAGGUAGUGAAGCGGGACGAUCAGACAUAUCUGUGACGUCAAUCAAAGGAAAUCAAAACGAAAAACCAACAGAAACACAACCAGAAGUAAAGMAAACUACAACUUCUAUGCUCUCUUCAACUGAUAUUUCACGAAUAUGUAAUAUUKUAACAUAUCUAACCCACACACGAGACCUGAUUCAAGAACUAGACGAUAAACCUGAUGUAACUGCAGUGGAAAACUGGUUUAACUGGUUUAUCAAUGCACGUCAUUGCUGGGAUGAUSAGAAACAGACGUGUAGAGUAGACAUGGUGAAUAUGAGUUUUGAUUAUGGAUUUGAAUACCAAGGAACGACAUCAAGGCUUGUACUUAGUCCUACUACUGAUAGAUGUCUCAUGGGACUUGCUUAUGCACUGAAGUCCAAACUGAUCGGCUUGUGCACUGGACCUCCUGGCUGUGGCAAGACAAGCACAAUAAGAGAGCUGUCUUUUAUUCUGGGUUAUCCACUGUACGCCUUCAAUGCCUCCAAACACCUAUCUAGAACAAUGCUGAUAGACAUAUGUCGAGGACUGGCCAGCUCUGGAUCAUGGGUUUGUUUCAGUAAUAUGUCAGCCAUUACACCAGUGAUUAUGUCCAUACUGGCACAGCUACUUAUGUCUAUUCAUGAUGGUCUAAGAGCAAACAARACAACUGUCUUCAUACAAGACGAAGAGAUUCCUUUAAUGUCCCAAGGGGCAUGUUUUGGUACUCUGACAAACACCAUUAACGAGUCGUUCCCUACUUACAAUCCUAGUGUGGGGUUCUUCCCAUCCUUCAAGGGUUCUACAACACAUAUUUCCAGGGACCAACAGGGACUAUUUAGAUCGGUGGCCCUAAUGGAACCAAAUUGGAACRUAAUGCUAGAGAUGUGGCUUCUGAGUCACGGCUUYARGCAAGUAAGYACAUUGGCCUCCAAGAUAGCGUCCCUUAGGGACAUUUGCUUGAAGGUGUUGCCAAACACCUCUAAAGUUCUUUCUGGGGACCUAUUCCGYUGUGUACAUAAGUGUUCAAGUUGGGGACCAGUGAGCAUAGAGAGGCUCAUCGAAAAUGCGGGAUCUCAUUUGRUGUCUAGUCGAGAAGAGUUGGAAGCAAACAAGUCAGUUAGUAAGCUUCCUGAAAGAACCUCGCCCGAUGGWAGAGAACCCUCACCGACAGAUGCAGUAGCGGCAGCUAAUGAKCCUUCUGUAGAAGACACAGGGAACACAUCUACUUCCACUGAAGACAUAGAGUCAUUAAAAGCAGAAGAACAGGCCGUUGUACUUGCCUUACGAGAUACGUUCAUGCCUCAACUGUCCUGCAGUGACCAGGUUAUGUUUGCUACACUUGUGUCAGACYUGUUCCCAAAUGGUCAAAUCCCUAUGAUCUUUGAUAGCUAUGGAGUCGUGGAUGGUACAAUGGCUAUGAAUCAAUCCAUAUCAAACUUGGAUGAGAUUCCUGUUUCUCCUCGAAGUAGGCCAGCUUCUGGGGAUGAAGCUGAUCAAGCAGAAGUUUUAGAAGACAUUCAUUCUGCAAUACAAGUUGCAACAAGUAAACUUGGACUACAACCAGGAGUAUCAUUCCAGUCACGUGUAGUACAGCUAUCAGAACUCAUCAAUGCACAUCGUGUGGUUUGUAUCACUGGUCCCAGUGGAUGUGGUAAAACAGAAUCAAUCAAGACGUUAGCAGCAGCGCAUAGAGAGAUGGGAUACCAAGUCAAGAGCGAUAUCAUAUGUACUGGUACUAUGGAAAGCGAAGAAUUGUUGGGAUACACGGACCCCACGACCAAAGAAUGGAAAGACGGGCUUCUUCCUGUAGCGUUACGCAAACAUUUACGUAUUCUACAAGACAUCAAUGCAAAAUCAUCGAGGAAACCAUUGAUAAAAUGGCUACACCUGGACGGCACGAUUGAUCCUGUUCAAAUGGAAAUCUUUGGUUCGUUUAUCAAAAACAGUGGAGUGGUGGUUCUUGGAAACAACGAACAUCUAAAGCUACCUAAGGCACUGCGAAUUAUUUGGGAGCUUGAGUCACUUGAUAACCUAAGUCCAGCGGUACUGUCCUCGUUAGGCAUGCUUGCUCUAAGCACCGCUGAUGUUAACUGGCCAUUAUUGGUAGAGAGAUGGUUGUCAAGGAGACCAGAGCGUGAAGUUGACGUAUUACGUGAGUUAUGUAAUCGUUACAUUGCCCCAACACUGGAGUAUCUCGCUUCGACUACAACAGUACCACCGGUUAAAGGGGCUCAACUGGGACAAGAUAAACCGAGUCAGCUUCGCCAUGUAGUGUCUGUCAAUGAGAUGGGAAUGGUUAAUACUUUAUUGACACUUGUCGAGGCUAUCAUUGCCAACUAUCAAGACCUCAUGCCCAGUGAGUUUGAGAACUAUUUCUGUUAUGCUGCAAUGUGGGCGUUUGGUGGYACAYUACAAACUCAUCACAGACAGUAYUUCAGUGAUUGGUGGAGAAAACAGUGGRUUGAUKUCGUGAACCUACCAGGAGACGAUGAGGUGUGGAAUUUCUACGUAAAUCCCGAGACCCACGAGUUUUUGAAUUGGCGAGAAGCAGUCCCUCCUUACGCCCAGACUGCUGCUGAGGGCAUCCCCAAUGAAGCGUACGUCCAUACUGUGAACAAUGAGCGUAUCUCUCACCUGGUUGGUCUAUUAGCCGAUGCUGGUAAACCGGUUUUACUGGUUGGUGAAGAAGGUAGUGGUAAGACGUCUAUAUUACGUCAUAGGCUAAAGCAACAUGGCGGUGACAUGGGUGAGGUGUUGAGUCUUACAGUUUAUUGUAACAAGUUUACAACAGGCCGAAGUCUUUGGCGUGAAGUAUCGAACUGUUUAGAAUGGAAACAUGCGCACACCUACGUACCCAAGGGAAAUAAGUCUUUGACCUGUCUAGUGGAUGAUUUGAAUCUUAGUAAGGCGAAUAAGACAAACGUUCAGUCAGCCUGUGAGCUUGUUCGUCAGCAUAUCGACCAUGGAGGUGUGUUUGAUCCUGAGACUCAACAGUGGAAGGCGGUUCAGCACGUSACCUACUUGUCUUCCUAUAACCCUGAUACACCACCUACUACAUCCAAACUCAGCACCAGAUUGCUACGACAUUUCUCUGUCUUCAGUGUAUCGUUCCCAAGCAUUGAUGAGCUUCACUACAUCUACACUCAACAAUUAGAAAAACACUUYCUUCUCAACAUCACUCAAUCCCGGUCCAACGCGAACGAUACGGCAUCACAACAGUCUGAUGAAAGUGACGUGAAGCAUACUGGAAUCGGUUUCCAUGAUCGUUCAAUGAAAGAACUACUAAGCAACYUGACAUAUGUGACUUUAGACAUGCAGGAUAAUCUACGUACCAYGUACUUGCAUACAUCACAAAGAUGUCACUAUAUGUUUACCAUGACAGAUAUGACGAUGGUCUUCAGGAAUCUAUGCCUAACUUUACGUCCUGGAUGUUCUCAUCAUGAUCUGCUUUUACUGUGGAAACACGAAUGUGAUUGGGUGUAUAGUCGUCGGUUGAUUGACGCUGUCGAUAAAGAACGCUAUCAACAGGCCUUUAUGGUGGCAGCAAAGAAGAGGUUCACCAAUGAAGACCAGCUGUCGGUAGUAAACAGCCCCACUCCAUUCUUCACCAAUCUGGUUGAUCUCGAGGAUAAUUCAGGGGAAGUGAUGGGUGGAGGCUCGACUGACGCAAAUGAAGACGACGUUCAUCUGGCUUACAGACAUGUGACUGAUAUGAGCAAGGUCCGUGCGGUUCUUGAACAUGGUAUCGAUGAGUACAAUAAAGACUUCCCACGACUCAAGAUAACACUACACGAUGAUGUCAUGGAGACAAUAUGUCGUCUAGUGCGCAUAAUCCAGAGUCCUCACGAAUGUGGCCACGCCUUGAUAGUGUCCGAGGGUUCCCCGGGACUAGCUACUAAGCUUGCUAAACUCGCAGCACAUCUUUGUGAUUAUUCAGUAACGCGUAUUAACCCUUCGUCGAUAUCGCUUAAUGGAAAAUAUACACUGGACAACUUUAAGACUGACCUGGUACAGGCUUUUACAAGAGCUGGAGUUAAGGGAGAACAUCUGCUAUUGCUGCUUCCCGAAUCAGACAUUUUUAAUGAAGAUUUCUUGGUUCUUGUGAGUGAGUUUUUGGUAUCGUGUUCCAUUUCUCAUCUAUUCACCGACGAGGAACAGACAUCGGUAAUCAAUGCUGUACGCUCUGAAGUCACUCAGGCUGGUCUUACCUAUACUAAGGAUGUUGCUUGGGAUUUCUUCCUAAAGACUGUACGAGAAAAUCUACGCGUUGUAUUGACAUGCACGUCACUUGGAGAAGCAUUCCAGAAACGUUGCCGUACACUUCCUGCCCUGACCAACACAGUAUCUAUCGUACUGAUGCCUCAUUGGUCGAAAGAAGCACUUGUUAGUCACGCAAGCUAUCACUUAAAAAAUCUGASCAUCUUCAACUCGGUGGAGAAAGAAAACCUUGCUCAUUUAAUGGCUUCCAUGCACCUGGCAUUACGUCAUCAAGAGGGAUGUGACGUAGACGCUGGUCAAUACGGUCACCUGACCAACACUACUUUUGAAAUCUUUGUUGAAAAGUUCAUUAAUCUUGUGAGCCAUAGACAAACUACCCUCGUCCGUGAAUACGAACAAGUCGAAGCUGCGCUGAAGACAAUUGAACGAGGUGUAAAUCUAGCAGAGGAACUCAAAAAACAACUAGAACACGAGAAGAUGGUUUUGGAUCAGAAGAAAAAGGGUAACGAACAGCUUCUCAUGCAAAUAGGACAGGAUCGUGCUAUUGCAGAGGAACAAGUUCGGCUGGUCAAACGACAACAAGAACGAAUACAGAAACUCAAAAAGGCGUUACCUGAGUAUCAAAUGGCGCACGAGCGAGCUGUGUUCAAAGCUGCAGCAGUUGUAUCUGAUACCAAAAGAGUUCUUAAGUUCCUAGACCAACAGGGAUUAACAGAACUAAGAGCCAUGCAGAAACCUGACUCAGAGAUUGAAGACUUGCUGGCUGCCAUCAUUAUUAUUGUAAAAUCACCCAAUUCAGACAUAACAUGGAACAAAGGUGCCAAGCGUCUGAUGGCCAACCUUGACAGAUUUCGCGAGGAAUUGAGUAUGUUUGAUGACAAUGAAUUACCAUCGAGUACUCUGGAGGUUGUUGAACCUUACCUCAAGAAACCGCAUUUCAGCGGAGACUACCUGGAAAGGAAGACCAACAAUUCGGCUGUCGGUUCUCUAGUCCAGUGGGUCCGUGGUGUGGUCAGAUACCAUCGAAUGAUGCAAUCCAAAGUCAAACCGUUACACGCUAAAGUAGCUGAGACAUCUUCAACAGAAGCAACAGCCUUGGAAAAGAUGAAUACCAUGAAUGAUAAGCUGAACGGCUUAGAGGAUCGUCUAAAGUCGCUCGCUGUAGCCUAUGAAGAUGCUUCAAUUGAUAAAUGCAGACAAUAUGAACUUACACAGAAUCUGGACACUAAACUGAAACAAGCCGCUUAUUUUGAACAGGUUUUAAGUUCUGGUCGUCAAAAGUGGUCCAGUGUACAAGAAUCGAUCAAGAAACGUCGCGAUGCGAUAGCUGGAGGAGUCGCCAUUGCUGCUGCAUUUGCUACGUACCUUGGUCCAUACGGCUUUUCUUUCCGUCGUGAAAUGAUGACCGUCAACUGGCCUCGUUGUCUCGAAGAGCGUGGUGUACCGCUUGUUCUUGAUGCAAGUCCACCAUAUCCUGAUGCAAGGGUCUACAAAACCGAGGAUCUUACUAGAAGAGACAGUGAUCCAGCCGUUAAACAGCUAACACAACAACAACAUGACGGCAUAGAUAAUGGCGAAGAGAAUACGGAAGAUGUAGAAAACAGUAAAGAUGAGAAUUCUAACUACCAAGAACCACGAGGCAACGAUGACAGCGACGAAGUCGACAAACAGGACGUUGAACAGAAAGGAAGCGCUUCUCGUACUUCACAAGCAUCAAGGACAUCACAGGUCAGCAAAGCUUCUACCAACUCACAAUCCUCUAACACUUCCAAACGUAAAAUCUCAGACACAUCACAAGGGAAGGAAUACAUGGAUAAAACACUAGUCGAGUACGAUGCGUUUUCGUUGGCUUUAGCUAAGCUGUUAGUUGGUGAUGGUACAGUACGUAAACUUCUCACUAAAGGACUGGGAUUACGUAAAAUAGAAAAUGCUGUGCUUGCGAGAUCGUCUUGGCAGAGAGUACCAUUGCURAUCGAUCCAAAUAACAAGAGCUUGGAGAUGAUUCGUAUGUUAGAGAAGGGAAACAAAGUGUUGGAAAUUGACCUUGGAGAA